AUGGCAGACACGGCCGUUCAGCUGAGCGGAUUCGGAGAUCUGAACAACAACGUGUCCAGGACGCCGGUGUCCACCAGGAUGUCCUUCUCGGCGUCCAGGCGAGGAGCCACCGUGAGCUUCCACGACAUCAACUACAGCGUGAAGAUGAAGAGCGGCUCCUUGUGCAAGAGGAAGGUCGAUCAGAAGAACAUCCUCAUCCAGCUCAAUUUGUCUAGCGGUGUCAUGAAGCCGGGACUGAAUGCCAUAUUAGGACCAACGGGGGGCGGGAAAUCAUCGUUUCUGGAUGUUCUGGCCGCUCGUAAGGAUCCUGCUGGUCUUUCUGGAGAGGUUCUGAUAGACGGAGCUCCACAGCCUCCAAACUUCAAAUGUCUGUCUGGAUACGUAGUGCAGGAUGAUGUGGUCAUGGGGACGCUGACCGUUCGUGAGAAUUUGCGUUUCUCAGCGGCUUUAAGGCUGCCUAAGUCGAUCAGUCAGCAAGAAAAGGACGACAGGGUUCAGAAACUUCUUAACGAUCUAGGACUCAGCAAAGUGGCUGAUUCACGGGUGGGCACGGAGCUGAUUCGUGGUGUUUCGGGUGGAGAGAGAAAGAGGACAAGCAUUGGCAUGGAGUUGAUCUUUGAUCCGCCCGUGCUUUUCCUGGACGAACCGACCACAGGUCUGGACGCCAGUACGGCCAACUCCGUCCUCAUGCUGCUCAAGAGAAUAGCGAACAGCGGUCGCACCAUCAUCCUCUCCAUCCAUCAGCCGCGGUACUCCAUCUAUCGGCUGUUCGACAGCCUCACGCUGCUGGUGGGAGGAAGACUGGUGUAUCACGGCUCGGCUCAAGACGCCCUGGACUACUUCAGCCAGAUCGGAUACACCUGUGAACCUCAUAACAACCCUGCUGAUUUCUUCCUGGAUAUCAUCAAUGGAGAAUCCACCGCCGUCGCUCUCAACAAGUUAUACGCCAAUGAGGAACUGGACGAGGAGCAGCUGAUUUCGUCUCUGAAGGGCAUCGAGGACCGUUUGGUGGAGCAGUACAAAAAGAGCAUCAGCUGCAAACAGACCAAAAGCGAGCUAGAGAGAAUUGUUCAGGGACAGGACUACAGCUCACUACCCAAAUCCAGAACCAUCACCUACAGCACGUCCUUCUGCCACCAAUUUAACUGGGUCCUCAAGAGGACCUUCAGGAACCUCAUUCUGAACCCUCAGACCUCAUUUGUUCAGAUUGGUGUGAUGAUUUUCCUGGCUCUGAUUGUUGGAGUCAUAUUUUUUGGAGUAAAGGAGAACACGAGUGGCAUUCAGAACAGGAUGGGUGCGCUUUUCUUCAUCAUCACGAAUCAGUGCUUCAGUGCUAUGUCCUCAGCUGAACUGUUUAUUACAGAGAGGAAACAGUUUGUGCACGAGUACAUCAGCGGAUACUACAGAGUCUCGGUCUACUUCCUGUGUAAGUUACUGUCUGACAUCUUGACUCUGCGCACCAUCCCAGCAAUCAUCAUCAGCUGCGUGGCGUACUGGAUGAUCGGACUGAAGGCGACGGCCCAGGCCUUCUUCAUCUUCCUGUUCUCCGUCAUUCUGGUGUCCUACACAGCCACGUCUAUGACUCUGGCCAUCUCCGCCGAUCAGACGGUGGUGGCCAUCGCUAGCAUUGUCAUUAACACAAUAUUAGUGUUUAUGAUGAUCUUCUCGGGGCUGCUGGUGAAUCUCCCCAGUGUGGCUGUCUGGUUGAACUGGUUGAAGUAUCUCAGUAUUCCUCGUUACGGUUUUGUUGCCGUGGAAAUCAAUGAAUUCAUUGGUCUUAAUCUGUGUGACAUGAGGAACAUAAGCGGCAUGUAUAGACAAGUCUGCACCACAGGCGAGGACUUUCUGAGCGAACAGGGCAUUGAUUUCUCAGCCUGGGGUUUGUGGCAGAAUCACUUGGCUCUGGGCAUCAUGACCAUCAUCUUCCUCAUCAUCGCUUACCUCAAGCUGCGCUUCAUCAAGAAGUUCACCUAAACGCAAGCUCGUGUUCCUCCAAAUCUCAAAGUUAGCAUAUAACAAAGAAUAUUUAGCCAAGGAUGAACAGAUUGUAGUAUUACUCUUUUGGUCAUGCUAUGUCUCAUCGUAUGUUGACUUAACUGAUGACACAGGCAGACAAUAAAUCAUGUAUGUUCUUCUAAUUCUUUACAAGAUAUUAGUUUGACACCUCUAUAAACGGUCAGCUGCAUUACGUGCAUUUCUUUUUUCACUUGGUCCAACAUAGCAGUUCAGCUAUAAUGGUGCUAGAAUAAACUACUUGCUGUACAGUUUAUUUUUCGGAGCUCAACAAUAAAACACGACUUAUCAAA